AACCCAGAUUACAUUUGCCGGCGAACUCCUAGUCUGAAUGAAUCUCAGGAUUCUGUAAUUGAACUAAAAAAAGGUUUGACCUGUUAAGAACCCAAAUUAUGUACUUUGCCGGUGGGAUUGCCGUUGAUGAUAUGGGGUACGCCAUGAGUAGGCUGGAUACAGAAUCUGAUUUGUUUGAUGAUGGUAAUGACAUUACCGAAGCUGGUAGCAGUAAUAGGACCGACGAACCAUUGCGUAAAGUAGAUGACGAGAUUGCUCAGCUUACGAACAUCAGUUCAGGGCCUCCUGGUGGACUGUGUCAAUUCAUGCCUGGAAAGCAGCAAUUACCUGUUUCACCGGUGAGGAUGCUGGCAGGUCGAGAAGGUAAUUUUUCAGGAAGAGGAAGAUUCUCAUCGGCAGAUUGUUGUCACAUGCUUAGCAGGUAUUUGCCAGUACACGGUCCUUGGCUUGUGGACCAAACGACCAGCCGGGCCUAUGUUUCUCAAUUUUCAGCCGAUGGUUCUCUGUUUGUUGCUGGAUUUCAGGGAAGCAAUAUUCGAAUAUACGACGUAGAUAAAGGUUGGAAAGUUCAGAAGAACAUUCUUGCUAAAAGUUUGCGUUGGACAGUAACCGAUACAUCCCUUUCUCCUGAUCAGCGCCAUCUCGUUUAUACCAGCAUAUCACCUAUAGUUCAUAUUGUUAAUGUCGGGUCUGCUACCAUAGAAUCCCAUGCAAACGUCACGGAGAUCCAUGAAGGAUUGGACUUCAUUUCUGAUGAAUAUAGAGGAUAUUCUUUCGGAAUAUUCUCUGUGAAAUUUUCAACCGAUGGACGAGAACUUGUAGCUGGAAGCAGUGACGACUCAAUAUAUGUUUAUGAUCUUGAAGCAAACAAGCUUUCCCUUCGAAUUGUGGCACACACUGCUGAUGUUAACACGGUAACCUUUGCCGAUGAAAGUGGCAACUUGAUAUAUUCCGGGAGUGAUGAUAAUCUCUGUAAGGUGUGGGAUAGACGUUGCUUCAUUGCAAAAGAUAAGCCAGCAGGAGUCUUGAUGGGACAUCUAGAAGGUAUUACAUUUGUCGACAGUCGUGGAGAUGGUCGUUAUUUCAUAUCAAAUGGUAAAGAUCAGACUAUAAAGCUUUGGGAUAUCAGAAAAAUGUCCUCCGAUACCUCUUGCAAUUUAGAGUUUAGGAAUCAUGAAUGGGAUUACAGAUGGAUGGACUACCCACCAAAGGCUAGAGAUUUGAAACACCCCUGUGACCAAUCUGUGGCUACUUAUAAGGGUCACUCGGUCUUGCGAACUCUUAUUCGCUGUUAUUUUUCCCCCAAAUACAGUACGGGACAACGGUACAUUUACACCGGGUCACACGAUUCUCAGGUUUAUAUUUAUGACGUGGUAACCGGAGCUCAAGUUGCAGUGCUAAAGCACCAUACAUCGCCAGUAAGAGACUGUAGUUGGCACCCUUACUACCCUAUGCUGGUCAGCUCUUCAUGGGACGGGGACGUGGUUAAGUGGGAAUUCCCCGCAACGGAGAAACACCCUCCCCUACGAACAAGAAGAGAGUCCGGAGCCAAUAAUACUAUUGAAGGUGAUUCGUGAAACAUGUACGCUAUAAUCAUGCUACAUACACAAGAUCGUUAACUGUAUCUGCAUGUGUUUUAAGUAGCAGGUCUGGCAUAUUUUACAUUAUUAUUGAAUAAGGUGUAAUUGUUUAACAACAGUUCCAUGUAUAAAA